CUCCUGAUUGCUAAUCGUUAAUGUUUCAGUAGGCCGUGGGUUGAAAAUAUUACGCAACAGUUAUCAGUCGAUUUGUCCACCACUCGAAACCAAAUUUCUGUACGAUGCAACUUCCAUGUCAGGAUAAUCCGCAUAAGCAGAAUGACCUCACACUGUCCGUCUGGAAAGUGUGCAAUCAGAUACGGCACUUGCUCGACUCCCAGCAACGUUCAGAACUACGACAAUUCCUUCAAAAGCAUGACCCCUAUUUGUCCGGUAUCAUACAGGGCUACGAAUUUGUAAACGUCCUUAAAUGCAUACUGAAGCAAUGCUUAUCUGGAAACGAAAUUUGUCAGCUGGCCGAAUAUUUUCAAACGUCCGAUUCAGCAGGGGUUGCUUAUCGACAAUUUCUUGACCUCAUAACGGACGACGGUUUGCACACAUCGAAAACCCAACGGACACUAUCCGCUAGCGAGCAUCGCCGGCUGGCACUGGUGCUGAUGGGAAUCGCUCAAGCGUUGCGUUUUCGAGAGCAAGUUCUUCGACCAUAUUUUGAAGACUACGAUCUGAUUGCUCAGAAUGGUGGUUCAGUUACCGCCGCCUAUUUCAAGCGUGUUUUGUACUUUCUGGGCAUUACACUUGGUCAAUACGAAUGGGAAUUAAUGUUCAAAAGAUUCACUACUGAUAGUUAUAAAAUUGACUACGAAUCGUUCGUUGAGGAAAUCGAUCAACUGUUUAGAUAUCUCGAUAGUCGAGGUCCGAUCGAACGACAGUGCGAUGAAAAUGUUCCUCCGAAAGUCAUUACCGUCGAACAACCAAAAAUCGACCGACCGGAAGUUGGUGUUAUGAAUUUGUCACAGAUUCUUUGUAAAGAAAUAGCCCAUCACCCAUGUUUGCAGCCAUCGCGAGAGAAGCGCAACUUUCAAACAUUGAUAAAUCACAUCAAAAAACACAUCUGGGAAAAUCGAGUGCGCACGCGGGAGUUUUUCGAACAAUUCGAUGCUUUUGGAUGUGGAUGGAUAAGCCGAAGUCAGUUCGUUCGAUCUAUGGAUGCAAUUGGACUAUCGGGACUACAUCGGCUACCGUUAACGGACUGUGAGGUGAGCACAAUCUGCGAUCACUACCAGGAUAUAGGGGAUGCCAACAGAAUACGGUGGGAACGGUUUACGGAUGAAAUUGAUGAGGUGUUCACGGUACAGAAUUUAGAUAAGGGUCCAUUACUAGAAUUUGAAGUGCCUCCAGAGGAAAUCCGCGAAUUGCCUCGUGAAGGUGAACUAAAAAAGGAGCAGCACAAUCAGGUAGUUCGUGAUUUGGCGGAAGACGUGGUCCUAUGUGUUAGAACGCUGGUGAGAGGCAGGCGAAUUUUCAUACGUCCGGUAUUUGAAGAUUUCGAUCCCCAUCAUAAUGGACAUGUUUCGCGCAGCCAAGUAGGGGAAGCGCUGUCGAUAUUAGGAAUCGUCAUAACGGAAGAGCAAAUUUAUGCUCUGUGUCAGCGGUACAGCGAUGAUUUAGGGUUCAAUUAUGUGAAAUUUUUUAGGGAUGUUGAUCCGAUGCCAACAAUCAACUCAGCGUAUCAAGAUUUACAAACUCGGUUAAAACUAGUGAACGCUUCGAGUCAGGAAGGGAAUCCUCACCCUCACGAGUGCGAUAUUGUUCGUGUUCUCGCCAAAGUCAAAGGUCAGGCUGUCCGCCAAAAGCUACGCAUUGCGGAUUUCAUGCGGGGUUUUGAUCCGCUUAAUCAUUUUCGUAUAACAGUCGAUCAAUUCGAACGCGGUCUUUCGAUCGCUUCUAUAAUUCUAACACCAACGGAAGUCGCAACGCUGGCCAAGACUUUCAAGACACCCCUGGGCGAAACGAUAGAUUACAAACGAUUCUGCGACACUGUUGCCGAGGUUGACUAUCAAUGUCAACUGGAAAAGUCCCCCUUGCUGGUUCCAUUGCAGCACUUUCCCUCCGAGGAUGGCCCCCAUAACCAUUUGAGUUUCGAAGAACGCGUUAUUUUUUCACAAACCUUGCAAAAGCUAGCGCAUUCUGCGGAUGUUGUGAGCAAUUUACGCCCGCUCUUUCAGGACUUUGACCGCCAACGAUUAGGCGUAGUAAACCGAAAUCAACUCAUACGGUCAUUCGCCGCACGUGACCUGCAUACGGCCAUUUCUAGCCGAGAGUUUGAAGUGCUAUGUAAAGGUUUUGCUGUUCAAAUAGGUUACAGACAAGAAGUAAACUAUCGAGCACUGCUUGCGUCGCUAGAUUAUCUUUAUGCGAACCGCGAAAAUCACCCGUUCUGAAGUGCUGAUUGCUAAGGUUAUUAUCUGGUGGAGAAAGCUUUAUAAAUUUGUCGUACGGAAAGUAAACUUGGGCAUUUCAUAAUGAGUAUCAAAACUAACAAGAACAAUCUUAUUUGUUAAUAAAUUAUUUGAUCAUGUUGCCA